UGCUUGACUCUGUCCUCACUCCUCAGUUGACGUCUGGUAGCUGCAGCAGCGAGUAGAGUUUAUUGCAGACUUCACUGCGUCCUUGUAUCAUAUCCUGACUGACGAUGGCUGGCACUCUGGCGCGUAAAGCCGUGGAUUAUCUCCGCAGUAAAGAGUUCAGAGAGUAUCUCAUGAGGUCACACUUCUGGGGUCCGGUGGCAAACUGGGGCCUGCCAAUCGCCGCCAUCAGUGACAUGAAGAAGAGUCCAGAGAUCAUCAGCGGCAGAAUGACCUUCGCUCUCACCUGCUACUCGCUGCUGUUCAUGCGCUUCGCCUACAAGGUCCAGCCCAGAAACUGGCUUCUGUUCGCCUGUCACAUCACCAAUGAAGCAGCUCAGCUCACUCAGGGCAGCAGACUCAUCAAAUACAACAUGGAGAAGAAGAUGGCCAAAUGAUAAAGGUUUAUGUGCACCGCGGUCGGGAUUCGUAGAGAUCCACCAGAUACUGCGACUUCUGAUCUGUUUCAACACAAUAAAGAAAUAGCCGUCCAUGAACACAGAUUUUAUGCUACGUCCUCUCUGUUACAUGUAUUAGAUUAUAAGCCUUGUGACACAGCUCUGAAGGUCACGGUUUGUAUGUAAUGUAGAAAUAUUUGAUGAAUAUAUUUACAUGCAUAAUGCGAUUGUGUGUGUGUUAAAAAUGUUUACAGAGAAAAUAAAACGUUGCUUUUGCUCUUUUGA